AUGCAGGACAUGUACGCCCCCAAGUACAAUGGGAAGUCACCGCAACAGUGGGAGCGUGCUAGCGCGGCGUCGCCUGCACCGAUGAGCAUGCCUGCACAGCAGUAUCGCACGCCCAAGGAUGACGCCCCGGAGUACGACCCAUUGCUGUGGAGCAACACAGACACUUCCUACAUCGCGACACUCACCACACACGCCAUGAAGUACCAGGCUCCCUCCACGUCACAGCACGGCGGGCUGCGGCAGCGAGGGACAGCGACGUCUAAGCCGCCAUUCACGGUUUUUCUGUCCUCCUCGUGGAGAACCACGCCACAGGAGGGUGCCACGACGCAGCACCCCAAGUUCCACUCUGUGUAUCACCGUGGCCCCACCACGUGGCCAGGCCGCCUGCUUCGGUUUUUCGCACCACAGCUCUAUGCGCGGUGGCAGGGUAACGUGAGCGCGGCUGAUGUACGCCAGCUUUCUACCAAGGAGCUCAUCAACCUAAUGCAGCUCGCCUUGUCUGCUGGCGAGGUGGAUCAGUCAGCGAUGCUGGCGAGGGAGCUGUCGCACCGGAAGCUGACUCUGCAGAUGAAAUUGUCCCCUCAGCAAGCCGCUGCACCCGGUGCCGAGGCGAUGAUGCACGGAAGCCCGUCUCCGCCCAACUCUUACUCAUCUCCGACGCGCCCUACACCGUAUCCACUGGCUAGUGCGGAUGGGAACUUGAACGACGGCGGCGCUGGUCUGUCUACCGUGUACCCGAGCGGCACGCACGGUCCGUCGCCUGGCGCUGCCUCAUGGCACCAUGAUCAGAGUACCGCCGACUUCGACUCAAACCGCUUCGCGAAUCGAACUGGUCCCAACAGCCUUAACAAGUCGUCUGUCUGGGCGAGCGACCUGCCCCCUGAGCCCUUCGAGUAUGCUUCUCGCGCGGCUCUCGCAAACGGAGUUGGGGCGCAUCGAAGCUCCCUUGACGAGCCGGGCAGCAGCGUCCCCUGGACACAGAGCACGCAGUGGCGCUAG